AAUGUAUAUAAUGCAUGUAAAACCUGGAACAUAUCAGCUGAUCAUAAGCUGUGCUGAGAGGGAGGGGUUAGUUUUUGAUGAUGAUGGUGAAGGUGAUGGUUUAAAAUUCUGUAAUGCAGUGAGAAAGUCAGAGGAAGACGUGAAUAAAAGUGAAAUGUUUAACGUCCACACUGGCAAACUGGUGCAGACGGUUUCAGGUCUUCAUUUUGUUCUGUUUUACUACAGAGUCACUGCAGCGGCCCAGAAUCCACCUGAGAUAUGAUGGAGGACACGUGCAGGGACACGGAAGUGCAGAGAUCACAGGAGGCUCCAGCUUUGAGUUUACCUGCUCCAUUAACUCCAGCUAUACUCCAGACCGUUUCAGGCUCUUCUUCUAUGGAUCAAAUCAAAUGUACAUAGAGCCUGCAGUCAACCACUCAGCCAGCUUUAGUUUCCCUGCAGCUGAGUAUGAACACCGGGGCGACUACAGCUGUGUGUAUGAGUUACUGCUGCCAUCAAGGACAUUCACUUCUCCUGAGUCAGCACCAAUUCAUCUCAUCAUCACAUAUCCUCUGCAGCAGCCCAGCAUCUCCCUGACGUCUCCUAAUGGAGGACUGGUCUGGGGUCCUGAAGGUGCAGAGAUCACCAAGGGCUCCAGCUUCGUCUUCAGCUGCUCCAUUAACUCCAGAUAUACUCCAGGACGUUUCAGGCUCUUCUUCUCUGGCGUGAACCUCACAGAGCCUGCAGUCAACCACUCAGCCAGCUUUAGUUUCCCUGCAGCUGAGUAUGAACACCAGGGCAACUACAGCUGUGUGUAUGAGUUACUGCUGCCAUCAAGGACAUUCACUUCUCCUGAGUCGGCACCAAUUCAUCUCAUCAUCACAUUUCCUUGGUGGCUGCUGGUGGCGUCAGCAGUUCCUGGGAUCCUGGUGCUCCUGCUGGUGGUCUGUCUGGUCCUCUGGAGAAGACGACGAGCCAGGCGGUUUGAUCCCCACGUCCCGAUCCAAAUGGCUGCCACAAACAGAUAUGAGGAGGAUGAUGACGAGGAGGAGGAGGAGGAAGAGAGGGAUUACGUGAAUGUUGAGCCGGUGAAGAUAAAAAGGAAAUGUGCAGAGCAAGCAGGCGUGUCAGACGAGGAAUCUGACGAUCACAAUUAUGUCAACAUAGAGGAUGAAUUUGAAAGCACUGAUGAGGAAAAUGAUUAUGUGAAUGUAACAGAUGGAAGCUGAACAAACUGGACAUCUUUGCAGGAGAGCAGAUUUACCAUCAUCACUGGACCUGCUCAUUUAUAUUCUCUGAUUUAGUAUUUUUCAUAUUCUUUGGCCCCUCCCCUAUGCAAAUGACAAACAAUCAGCCAUUAUAAGUUGUCAUACAUUGAGAAUAGCAGACAAAUCAACACAGCAAGAAAUAGAAAAUACAUCGGUGCAAAUUAUAAGUCUCUAUCAUGAUGUGCUCUGUUUUUGUGUUUGUUGUGGGUCUGUAAAUGUUAACACGUUAGCGCCGUAAUCACAAUUAACGCAAUUAAAAAUUUUUAACGCAAUCGACCCAUCUGGAGUGCAGAAUGGUCAGACUUUGAACAAACUGCCCAGAAUGCAUUGUGUUAAAUCCUCCCAAUUCCUUUGAUAUUUGGGCUGAAGGAAGGACAACACUCGGUGCAAAUGCUCAGUCAACAAUCAUUUUAUUCCAACACUUCUGAGCAUAAACCAUCCGGAGGGGAGAUGAGCGCGGGAGGGUGUCCGCCUGAUCUCGACGUGUCUGAGCGUUUCUCACAUACUUCUAGCUUCAGCCCCCCUCCGCCUAGUCAUGGGGCAGAAAACCUCUCCGGUCUCUGUUCUCUUCUAAUCAGACAAAUAAGGUCCUGACUCUCUGAUUUCUUAUAGCUCAGCUGUAUAAUGCAUCAUAAACAACAUCAUUCAUUCACAAUGAAUCAGCAGUCUGAUGUAAUACAAAUCAGUUUAAUAAGUGUCAUAGUUAUCACCUCUGCAGGAGAAUAAUGCAAACUAAACUACAUAACAAUUUCACAAUCUUUAAUUAGGGGUGUAACGUGGCAUAAGAUAAUAUAUAAUCUCACAAUUCCCCCUUUGAUCUCUUUUUAAAGAGAUCACUUACACCUCAUAAUCCAGCGUUGCCCUGAGGCCCUCUGUCCCCCUUUAACGGGUGGAGCAUUUGUGUGAUGACCUCUGUGUUUGCGCAGUUCAGAUGCAAGAAAAACUAUGAUUACAACAGCAACAGUAGGUACAGAUGACACUCCCAUCACUCCCCAGUUCUCCCACAGCUUUAUUUUGGUGCUCCAGUUUCCCACCCCCAUUUUGGUGCCACCUUGUACCUUUCAAACGUACUCAGACUAGAACCUCUGUCCAAGGAGCUUUUAACCUUCACUUUAUUGCUGCAGCUACCAGUGUCUUCCAGUGGGGUGAUUCUCUGCUCUUCUUUCUUCAACCUCCGGGGUUAGACCACCCUUCGGUCGUUGCACAGAUCAGGGGAUUUUUCUGCCCUGAUUUCAAACAGUGAUCUGUGUAUUCAGGGGUCACCGCCGUGUCCCCCUUUUUACCAAGAGCCUCUCGAGCCUCGUUGGUCUGCUGUUCCUGGUUUUUCACCAACCCCUUCGUGUUUAUUGCUGUGUUUAUGGGAUCCAUCCUCUCGAGGUGACUAGCCGGAGCCCAAACGCCAUGACACUUCACCCCAGUUGCUGUCUCGGCCGUCUCUGUGUCUGUGUCUGCUGCGAAGGAUCCUCGUAUCUCCGUGACCUCAUCUGGUGUCUGUUCCUUCCUCUGUAAGAGACAGAAAACCAAAACACCUCUCUGCCUAGCCUUGAUAAUCUAAUGUUGUUAUCCAUUGUUCUUCUAGUGAUGCAAAUUUGGUUUAGAAUAUCAUGUUCAGGACUCUCUGACCCAGAGACUUAUUCUACUCAUAAUCCAUGUGUGUGUAAGCGUGUUUGCAUCCUCUGCACUCAAAGUCAAUGUCUACAAUAUAUCUCGCCGAACGAAGAUGAUCAAGAUGAUCCAAUGUUGUCAGUGUUUGUUUUAUGUGUGAUUCCUCCCACCAGAGGAUGGCUGUGGGUUUUUCCCCCUUUCUCUUUUAGGAGGUGGACACCUCGGCGUGCCUGCUGAGUAGUUGGGUGGAGUCUCUUCCUGUCCUUGGAUUGGAUAAUUGGCUAAUCACCUCCAGUAUUUAACUACCAGAUGACAGCCGCUUGGCCCCCUCUCUCUACUCGCCGCCAUCAUCCAACAAAUAGCAUGUGUUUCUGAGUCGUUGUUUCAUAGUGUCUUUGAAUGAAUGAAUGAAUGAAUGAAGGCUUUAUUGGCCACAUGCAGGUUGCCCUGCAGUGGAAUAGAACCCCCCCCCCACACACACAACAAAAACAUCACAUGGGAAUACAGGUCGGAGAUCGGCAGCGUUUGCCUAUUGAUUUGCAAGUAUAGCCGUGUGUGUGACUGGUGUUAGUAUCUUAGUUUUGUAAAUAGAUUUGUAAAAUAGCAAUUGUGUAUUUUGUUCACCUUGUAUAUAUUGUUCACUGCAGCAGCCUAGUAGGCGUGAGAAGAAUUACGUUUUCUCCUGUUUUUUGUUAGAAAGUUAGGUAAGUGAAUUGUCUUUUGGUUGGUUUUCAUUUGUGUAGGAAAGUGUAGGGGCUAUCAGGGAGUUAUGUUUGUUAUUUUUGGCACUGCUCACUGCUGAAGC